AUGAAGCCUAAGACAUACAGCAGAGCGCGGAAAGUGCGCAGGGAUGAGAAAGAGGCGAACGGGAUUCAGGUGUCCCAGGACGGUUACAAUAACUGUGAGCUGAUCGAUGAGCGAUUAAUUGGGGUAUGCCAAACUCCGGAGCAACAGUCCUCGAUUAGUAUUGUCUUUCGAGAUUUUUCGCCGCUUCCCGGUGCAUUGGAAUUUAAACCAGGACACAGCUAUUAUUUUAUUAGUGAGUUCCGGCUUUUACCUAUAAAUUUUGCGAAAGAAAAAACAAAACAUUCUGGAGAACAUCACACACUACAUCAUAACAAGUCACAUUACCAUACAACCUUAUUCCCGCUUUUCUAA